AUGCAGCUCCUCCCACCCCCGACGCCCACCGGAACAGAGACUCAAAUGGACGCUAAAAAGCCACUGAAACAAAGUUUGACGACCCUCCCAAUUUUGAAAACCAGGAAGAAACAAAAUUUCACCUCUGUGAAGGUAAACAGUAAAUCUUUGACCCAAGUCCCGAAACCAUCUUCUAAGAUGAAGAACAUCAGAAUGGCUCAAUCCAACAAAAACACCAGCAUUACCUCACUCCCUUUUGUGGAUACCAAGGGGAAGAAAAACAUGGUUAGCUUCCCAUGCAUCAGCAACAAAAUCCUGCUGAGGCCACCCCUGCUUCAUCAGGAAAAUCAAACUCACAAUCACGUGCUGGCCUCUGAGCUCAAGGCUUUAGAGACAUCUUACCACUCUGGCAUUAAAAAACAAGAUAGCAAGUCAGAGCAGAAAUCGCCGAGGAAGCACAAGGUGCCACUGACAGCAACAGAGGCCCUAAAGUUUUUUAAGAACCAGCUGUCUUUUUAUGAACGAAGUGAAAUCCUGGGCUAUACAGAGCUAUGGUUCCUGGGGCUUGAAGCUGACAAGCUCAACAUGGCUCCCGAGAAACUGAGCAAGACAAGUUUUGAUGAUGAAAAUGGCUCCUACAUGAAGGUCCUACACGACCACAUCGCUUAUCGCUAUGAGGUCCUGGAGAUGAUCGGGAAAGGGUCCUUUGGGCAGGUGGCCAAGUGCAUGGAUCACAAAAACAAUGAGUUGGUGGCCCUGAAAAUCAUCAGGAACAAGAAAAGAUUCCACCACCAGGCCCUGGUGGAGCUGAAGAUCCUGGAAGCUCUCAGAAAGAAGGACAAAGACAACACCUACAACGUGGUGCACAUGAAGGACUUUUUCUACUUCCGCAAUCACCUCUGCAUCACCUUUGAACUCUUGGGAAUCAACUUGUAUGAGUUGAUGAAGAACAACAGCUUUCAAGGUUUCAGUCUGUCGAUAGUUCGGCGCUUCACCCUCUCCCUUUUGAAGUGCUUACAGAUGCUUUAUGUAGAGAAAAUCAUCCACUGUGACCUCAAACCUGAAAAUAUAGUGCUCUAUCAAAGGGGCCAAGUCUCCGUCAAAGUUAUUGACUUUGGAUCGAGCUGUUACGAACACCAGAAAGUCUAUACCUAUAUUCAAAGCCGGUUCUACCGGUCGCCAGAAGUGAUCUUGGGCCUGCCCUACAACAUGGCCAUCGACAUGUGGAGCCUGGGCUGCAUCAUGGCGGAGCUGUACACCGGUUACCCUCUGUUUGCCGGGGAGGAUGAAGUGGAGCAGCUGGCCUGCAUCAUGGAGGUGCUGGGCCUGCCGCCAACCAGCUUUAUCCAGACGGCUUCCAGGAGACAGACGUUCUUUGAUUCCCAAGGGUUUCCUAGAACCAUAGCCAACAACAGAGGGAAGAAAAGAUAUCCAGAUUCCAAGGAUCUCACGGUGGUGCUGAAAACCUACGACGCCAGCUUCCUGGACUUUCUCAGAAAGUGUUUAGUGUGGGAUCCUUCUUUGCGAAUGACCCCCGACCAGGCUCUCAAACACGCUUGGAUUCAUGAAUCACGAAACCUCAGAACACGAGCCAGGCCCCAGGCCCUGAGGAAAUCCAGCUUCUGCUUCCCCUCUGAGACAAGGAAAGACAAGGUCCAAGGAUCUCAACUCUCCAGUAAAAAAGCAGAUGAGAGGAACAAGGAGAAGACGGAGAAAAUAAAACACGGAGCCACUAAGCAUAUUCAGAAUUCAAGUGAUCUGCAGGACUCUGGCCAGCAUGCCACAGACACAGUCCAGCUGCCUCAGCUGGCAGAAGCGUCUAGGAAAUCAGAGGUAGUCAUCGGGUCAGACGCAGCUGUGACCUCUGCAGGACAGCAGAGCAAAAGCUCCUCCCCCAAGAACACGAACAUUUUACCACCCAUUGUCUGACUCCUGCUGAGGGUGUGUCCAGUUCCCUUCCUGCGGUAUCCUGCAAUACUCCAAAUUGUUGCUUUUUUAAAAAUGCAUAAAGGUUUGUUUGAAAAGGAAGAGAAAACUCUAGUCACAUGGCCAAUUGGCAUGAUCUCCUUAA